AUGGCAUUACCUGUCAUCCUUCAGGAAUCACCCACUGAAGCCCAACCGCCUUCCUCAUACCCCCCUUCUCUUGCCUCUUUCAGGCAGCCCUCCUAUUCCCCUUUCGCAUCUGUGCCCUCGACAGAACCCGUCACCUCCACAUCCAUACUCACUUCAGCGUACAACUUUGGCGAAAACUCCGUCUUACGCCUAGCAUCAUGGCUUAGACAACCCACGCCACACCGGCUCGUUCGUCGUCCAUCUGAGGACUCUGAGAAGGGCGUGGGCCCAGGCGAAAGCGAAGAAAUCGAAAUCAUCGACAGUGUGGGCUCCAUGCGCACUUCAACAGAAUCUUUCGGACGAGAUGGGCAGUAUUGGAUGGAUGAUGGGUCGACCAGGGGCUAUUUUUCACUCCCCCGAACAUCUUCACCAGGAUACAAUGAUCAAUACAGUCCGAGUGCUUCUUCUCUCCGGACUACCUUGCCGACACCUGCACUCUCGACAAGCAGUCUGUCCAGUAGCAUUGGCCGGAAGCCUACAGCCUUGGGGUCCCCUGAGAGACACGGUUGGUGGAGUUUGGUCUACAAGAUAUGGGCAGGGAUGAUCCCUCAAACGGCCGGGGGCAAGACGGCAGAGGUGAUACGUGAUCUCGGAUGGACAGUUGCCCUUUUGGCCGGUGUUUUCAUCGCCACAGCCUCUGUGGCUCUAUGGCUCAUCAGGUGCAUGCCAAUCACCCAGCUCAAGCACAUUCCCAAGUCCACCACGGAUCUGCAGCUCUUGUCUGCCGAGAUUCGCUCGUACAUGGCGUCAGGAGAUGCUGGAUGGUAUCACACUGUCGGCGUGUUGCUGUUCGUUGGGUGCUGGAAGCAUGCGUGGAGUGUGCCCGGAGCAGUGAUAUUGAACAUUCUUGUUGGAUCUCUGCUCGAUCCCAUGCCCGCGCUGUUUCUUCUGACCAUCAUCACCGCCACUGGGUCUUUGUUCUCGUACCUCCUCUCCAGGCCCCUCGCACCGCUCAUCGCGGUCCUUUUCCCGAAACCGCUCUCACUCGUUCGCGCCGCACUCGCACCAGAUUCCCUUCCCAUUCCUCCCUCCUCCGGGCGGGCCACCUUUGCUGUGCACGAACGGAUCACCCCUAUACAGAUCUCCCAUGAUCCCACAGCUGAACCCCUCGGAUCCUCCAACACGAGCGUCUGGCGCCGGCUCCUCAUCAUGCGAGCUAUGGGCUUCGUCCCUUGGUCCGGGAUGAACGUGGCAUGUGGGGUCGUCGGAGUCGACUGGAAAGUCUUUUGGUUGACCACUGCUGCGGGUUCUGCGAGCUGGUCUUACGUCACGGCCUCUGUGGGAAAUAUUAUCUCGCGUUUGGCGAUCCCUCAGACGUCAGAGCUCGUGACUGGAUUCGACGGCGAUAAUGUCGUGUCGUCUGCUGGAGGAGAAAGUUUGACCUCGCUGUUGAGAGAUCCGGUGCUCAUUACCAAGAUGAUCUUCCUGUCGGGAUUGACACUCGUACCGGUGAUUCUGAAGCGAAGAUCCUCCAGUCCAAGCGUGGCUGCCGACGGUGUUCACGCCGAAUCGGAUCGCACGUCGAUGGAUCAAACCCUCCUCCUCAGCUCUGGCGUAGGACCCAAGGGGCCCGCGACUGGGAUCACCAGUCUUGACCGCCUCGCUCCGCCUCCUUCUCUGAACCCUCACCGGAAUCAUCUUCACCCUGCCAUCCCCCGACUCGACAUGGAGCCUCUUACACCCAAUUCGUCUGUGCCUUCUAGUCCUCUCACCGAUUCCUUGAAAAAGUUCACACCCACCCCUGCGGUCUUUGAUCUCUUAUCGUUCGGACGCACAGCUGCACGACAGGGUCUCAGAGGUGCUCAGGGAAUUGGACGCAAAGUCGCCAGUGGAAUCAAGGGUGUCUCGAGGGAUAGACACUAG